ACUAAUUGUUUUGUCAUUUCAAAAAGAAAAAGUCAAAUCUAGUAAUUUAUUUAUUUCAUCUUUAGUAGCGUCUUUUUGACCUAAUUACGACAAACUAAACUGAACACGUAUUAUAUUACUUACAAAACGUUUAUUUCAUUAAAAUGACUGCGUUGGCGUUUAAAGUUAAAAGUAAAAAUGGUCAACAAAUACUUAAAGAUUUGACCUCUGAUAGCACCGUGGGCGAAUUGAAGAUGUUUUUGUCGAGUAUAUCAGACGUUAGCAUCGAGAGAGUGAGUGUUUUGUGUGGAUAUCCGCCAAAGCCGCUGGAUAUAAGUAAUGACAGUCAAAAACUUAGUGACAUUGGUUUGAAAACUGGAGAGACCCUCAUAGUUGAAGAGAAAUCUGCGGCUCCGUCUGUCACUUCGUCUGCAGAGUCCAAACCUGUUGAGAACGGUGUUGCGUCACACGAAACUUUAGUUCCUUGUAGACCAGGCAUUUUAAUGAAGAAGGUGGUCCCAUCAGACAAUUCUUGUUUAUUUACUAGUAUAGGUUUUGUAUUAAAUGGUAAUGUAGACACUACGGUGCACACACUAAUGCGAGAGAUCAUUGCAAUGGAAGUAGCUAGCGACGUAGACACUUACAAUGAGGCAGUCCUCGGGAAACCUAAUGCUGACUACUGCGUGUGGAUCCAACAGCCGAGCUCAUGGGGUGGUGCUAUAGAGGUAGCGAUCCUAUCUCGUUUCUAUGGGCUGGAGAUGGCUGUGGUAGACACGCUGAAUGCAAUUAUAAAUAGAUUUGGAGAAGACAAGAAUUAUGGACAGCGAGUCUUUCUACUAUUUGACGGUGUGCACUAUGACCCCUUGUAUUUGGAACAAGUUGAUGGCGGUAUUCAAACAAUAUUCCCAACCGAAGAUAUGGAGAUAUACAGAGAAGCGGAGCAGUUGGCACACGAAGCUAAGUCGUCCAGACAGUUCACCGACGUGAACAAAUUCACUCUGAGGUGCAAUGUGUGUGACAAACUCAUUACCGGCUACGUUGAGGCACAGAAACACGCCAAAGAAACUACGCACACGAAUUUUGGUGAAGUCUAGCAAACAAUUACAUAGGUAAGGUGUUUCUCUAAUAUUGAUUGUGUCCGCUUGUUGGAUGAUGUUGAAUAUUUAAAGAUAUAUAAUUAGAAAUAAAACUUUUAACAAGAUACUGUCAGAGUUUAUCUAUGUACUUGUCUGUUCUAAAGUUAUUUGUUUUUGAUUCAUUAACUUUUUCAAUUAUCCCAUCGUCUUCCGUAAUAGAUGUUUCAUUUAGUUUUUAUAAUUUUGACUAGAUUCCAGUUUCAUUCCGGUUAAUCUUCCUUCCAACGCAAUAACCUCAUUUUUAAUUUUUUACUUAUAAUGAAGUGCACUUAAACUAGAUGAAAUAUUCCUAUUAAAGUAAUAAAUAAAUAAAUAAAUAGUCAAGCGGACACAAUCACUUAGAAUAAUUUGUUUAGGAUUUUUAAUUUUUCCUGUUUCCCGAGGAUCUUACUACUCGAGAACAUACUAAUAGUUGAAUUCGAGAUAAAUAUUGUUUGUUUUUAAUCUCAAAUAUUAAUUGUUAACGCGAGAUUUAUUUAUGAGAUGACGAUGCACAUAUCCUAGCAACAUCUAUUUUGUAUGGACUUAUUUGUGAGUAGUCUCGGGUGUAAUAAGACAAUUAUUUUUACACGAACCUUGGCUCGAUCGAGUGACGCUGUAGUCGGUGUCUUUUUGUAAUAAUGAUUAUUUAUUUUUAUGUUGUAUAUUUGUUAGAUGCUCAAUAUUAUUUUCACCAAAGUAGAUUUUUCAUUAUGCGGCCCGACAGUGUUUUGUCAAUUAUUAUUAUUAGCACUCGCUAGACUGGUUUUACUCAUUGCUUAUUUUCGGUUAAAACUGAAUUCGUUGAUUUUUCAUAAUCUUCGAAAAUCUAUUUAUUUUAUUUAUUGUUAUAUCUACAAAAGUAUCACACAGGGGAAAUGAAAUAGGUAUUAGAAACGAUAUUUCAUGUACAAAUGGAAUAAAUACGCAAUCGAAAUGCAUAAUGAAAAUGGACAAUAAACAUGAAUGCAUUCAUUGUUUAGUAAAAUUAGCUUGAAUACAAAAUGUUGAGUCAAAUAUUUUAAAUUAUAUGUUUGUUGCGCCAGGAACUGUUCGGCAGUUAGUGUAAGGAUUCGAUAUUGUGUGUGUGUAACAUGUUAUAUGUAUCUAGUAUACUGCAACUUGCAACACUGCGUUGCCUCGUUUCUAAAAUGCUCGAAUUAGUUUUGCAUUAUAAGUACCUAUAAAAUCACACGUUGCAAAGGCAAUUCAACGAAUUUUAGCCCUUAUUCCUUUUGUCCUAAUGUUCAACCUUCUAUAAUAUUGGCAAGAGAUCGUUAUUUUGUAAUACGAAACAUUGGCGGCUUAAAAACGUUGGAAGCGAAUGCUAUUUAUUUUAUGAUUAUUACGUUUUAUUACGUUAUUCAGUCGCCAAUGUGAAAGACAAGAUUUGUAAAUUGUAAAAUAAGGCUCAAAAUGGCAUAAAUAAAAAUUUGAUAAAUGGAA